UCUUCUUCUUCUCUUCCUCCUCUUUCUCUUCCUUUUUUCUUCUCUUCCUCCUCCUCUUCUUCUUCUCUUCCUCCUUGUCCUCUUCCUUUUUUCUCUCUUCCUCCUCUUCUUCCAUCUUCUUCCUUUUCUUCUUCUUUUCCUUCUUUCUCUUCCUUUUUCUCCUUUUCUCUUCCUUUUCUCCUCUUCCUCUUCUUCUCCCUCUUCCUCUUCUUUUUUAUUUUCUUCUUACUUCCUUCUUUUUCUUCCUCCUUUUUUCUUCUUCUUGUUCUUGUUCCUCUUUCUCCUCCCCUUCUCCUCCUCUUUCUCCUUCUCCUCCUUUCUCUUCCUCCUUCUUCCAUCGUUCUCUGAUUCUAAGGCAAUUCUAUUCCAUUCAUUUCAAGUUUUUAUUAAGGGCCUCAUUAAGCACCUCUGUGUGGAAGGUGCAGUCCUCAGCCUCCUUAAUACAGAGGAAAAACGAGAAGCAGACUGCGCUCGUGUUAAGGACCAUACCUAAGUGUGAAUGGGCAAGUUGAUUCUCCCGGGUCCCCACAGCUGUGAAUCAUAACACCCCUGAAGGAAUUGCAAAGCAACAUUCAGUGACGCAGAUGUUGCUUCUGAAUAGGGAAUGAAAUAAAUCGGACGCAUAAAGGAAAGAGAAGGGAAGUCAGAGAUUCUCAGUCUGCCUUGUAACGUUAUCAUCCUCUCUCUCACAUGAAGGGAUCUAUUCUGCUGGUCAGAAUUAGAUCCUCAGCAGCCACUCGCAGGUGGCUCCCGGAACACACUCGAGCUUAUUUUUGAGUGUGAAAUCUAAUGUGAAUAGAUCUCUUGUCACCAUAAUGACAAUUAGCACUUAUAAAGCUCUUUAAAGUUUUCAAAGAACUUUAUAGUUAUUACUUCAUUUAAGCCUCGUGUCAUCCCCGUGAUGUAGAUGCUAUCGUUAUCACUACUUUAAAACCUGAUCUGAGUGAUUUGCCCAACGUCACUCGACUGGUUGCUGUUUGAGGGAGGAUUUGAAUUCAGGUCUUUCUUUAUCUGGAUCCAACACUCAGUUUACUGUGCCACCUGGUUGUCUCCAUAUUCACCUGGCACAUUGAUCAGGUUAAUUACAUUCAUUCAAUAAACAUUUAUUAAACGCCUAUUAUGUGCCAGGUACCGUGCUUGCAAAAUACUGUGCAGAAUAUAGAAUGGUCCCAUUUUCUAGAGUGGAAAACUGAUGCUCAGAAAGUUUCAGUGAUUCAUGGAUUCAUGGCUUCGUGCAAACCUCCAGACAACAUAGCCUGAAGUGUUCAGGUGUAUUCGAGUCCCCGUUUCCCCGGCUAAAACCACACUACCCAGGUGCCUGGAGGCUGAGGCAUCCCGGGACACUCGAUCCCUGCGGUGUCUUACGUGCUCCUCUGAUCCUUUCUAGCCAUUCUGCGCCGCGACAGCUGCCUUCUCACAACCCCGCCUCACUCCGGGACUGGUGCACAACUUGUUCCUAAUUAGCCAAAUUCUCUAUCUCAGGCGUUGUUGCCACCAGGAUAUGGACACCUGUCAGACAGGUGGCUCCGCCCAUUUCUCCCCUCCCCCAACGCAAUGAUCCCAACAAGUGGAGUCUGAGUUGCGGACAACUUGGGGAUCGCUUGCCCCGAAUCCAUUUGCCCGAACGCGGGACUCCGGGCUUGACCAGAAGCCUGGCGAGGCUAGCCACACCUGGGACACAUGCACUCUAAGGAGGCCGCUCCCAUUCCGCUCCCCGCUCCCAGCGCCCCAGCGGGCUCUCCCCCCGGCCUGGGGCCAGCUCGCCGAGGUCAGGCUCUAGAAGCCAGCUGCGGCUCUCGGACACUUUCCUCUUUCACUUUUCUUUUGAGCACCAAAGAAGGUUGUUUCUCUUGGCGCUCGGGGAAACCCUGUUGACCCUGGAAGGCGGAGGGCGGGCUUCCUCUGGCUGCGCUCAGCGCAGAGCAGUGCAAAUGCGUUGUCUGGGUCGGACCCCGGCAGUCCCUUUUAAUUGCUCCGGCCCCGGCUCCCGUCCGCCACCUCACCGCAGCCCAGAACCUGCUAGCGAGCCGCGACCCUAUGGAGAGUCCAAUUCCUGAUGCAGCCAUCUGGCUCCAUGGAGUAACGUUGCAGCAUCAUGCACCAUGCUGGUAAUGUCACGGGUACCACGGAAGACAUCGAGAGCAUACAGCCAGUCUAUUGGGGGUAGGAAAUCAAACUUAAGAAGCACAUCUAUCCAGUGCUACUUGUGGCCCAUUUUAAAUUGCCAUUUUUUCAGUAUUUUAAAUGAAUCUGGGACAUAUUUCUUCAUUCUCAGCUGCAUCAGUGCCCAUCUGCCUAAAACUGAAGCUUCUCAUUGGGAAGAUGUCAUAGUUGAAUUGAAGCGGAUUCCAGGUAUUAUCGAAGGACAUAAUAUUGAUACGACUCUGUAUACUGAAAGUAAUGCCCAUCCAAGUUGCAAAAUCACCAUGAUGAGGUGUUUUCUUUUGGAGCUACAUGUGAUUUCCUAUGAAUGUAAUAAUACUCAACUCCAUCAAACAGUAGAAAACAUCGUCGUCCUUGCCAAUAACGAAUUAUCAUCAAACAGGAACAUCAAAGAAUCAGGAUGCAAAGAAUGUGAGGAACUGGAGGAAAAAAAUGUUAAAGAAUUUUUACAGAGCUUCAUACGCAUAGUCCAGUUAUUUAUUGGCACAUCUUAAUAUCAUUUGCUGCAUUUCGGCACUUUUAUUGGUGAAAACUUUCUUCUUGGACUCCUGGACCAGGGACUCGUGUCCUCAAGUCACUGGAAUUUGCCAUUUUAUCAAGAUAAUGAUCAAGACUAUGGAAUUAAUUCAUGUCGCAGAACAAAGACAAAAAAUGAACCAAUUGUCUUGUGAUCUCUUUUACCUUUGUUUUAAAUUUAUUAUUGAAGCUCUACAAUGUUCUAAUAUGAGUUUUAAUUUUCUUCCUAAAUGACAUGGGAUGGGAAAACAAGGCUGUUUAGGCCUGAGUUGGGCCUCGUAUUUAAAGAACAGAUGCAUCUGGAAAAGAUCUUUUGAAAGCGGUGAAAUUGGGACAUUGUGAUGGUGCAAUAGAGAGUACUGGCCCUAGAGUCAGGCUCUCACACUAGUUGUGUGACCUUGGACAAGUCACUUAAUCCUGCUUGCCUCCAAAAGAAAAGAAAUGAAGUAAGAUAGAAGAGUACUGGAUUUAGAGGGAAAGGGCAUGAGUUAAAUUCUGCUUCUAGGAUACCUUGUCCUUCUGGGGCAAGUCCCCUAAUUUUUCCAGGCCAUUUCCUUAAUUGUAAAAGGAAGAUAUUGGAGAAGACAACAAUUGCUAAUCUUUAUACAGAGCUUUAAGGUCUAAGUGACUUACAAAAACAUUAUUUCAUUUUACCCUGGGAGGAUGAUGCUAUUAUUAUCCCCAUUUGACAAAUGAGCAAACUGAGACAGACAGAAAUUCAAUGAUUUGCCAAAUCAUAGAACUAAGAAAAAGCCAGAAGUGACUGCUUUCAAGGUCCAACCCAUAUGUAAAUCCACGAUUCACUGAGAUGAAAAAUUACAUUUUGAAUCUAUGUAGUUCAAAUACAAAAUGGUUUUUGAAAAACAAAGGUCAAGUCAAGAUUGAUAGGGUGCUUUAUCAUUAUUUUUUGCCAUCUAUUGAUGACAAUGAAGAAUUCAUAAAACUGUCUUACAGGUGAUGUAACUUGUUUCCCGAAUUAUAAAGUAGGUAUAAUAAUAGUACCUAUCUCCCAAGAUUGUUGUAAAGAUAUUUGGCACUUAGUACAGUGCCAGGCAUACAAUAGGUGCUAUAUAAAUGCUAACUAUAUUAUUAGCUUCCAUCUUUAGCAAUGCCUUACUAUGAUGGGGCAAGAUGGUUUUUACACUUAUUGCUGCAGGUUUGUAAAUAGCUCAAGACCUUGAAGUUGGUAAAGAGCUGGGACAGUAGGAGAGAGAGAGAGAGAGAAUCUUUUACCUGACAUCCUAGUUUGGGAAAAAGAGCAAAGACAAACCAAAAUCAGUGAAAAAGGCAGUGGGAGUAUUUACCCAGGAGAAUGAGCACCGGCUUUGGCAUCAGAGGACAAGACUUCAAAUGACAAAGACUUCAAAAACUCUGACUGAAUUCAAUUUCCUCAUCUGUCCAAUGAGAGUGGCGGACUAGAUGGCCUCUGAGAUCCUUUUCCACCCUAAAUCUACUAUGCUUUGAAGAAAAUUACUGAUUGGAGUAUUUGUUUUUCUCUUUACUUGUUCAAUGUAUACAGAGUAUAACUCUCAGGUUGUUGUAUUCAGGAACAUAUUUUGAUUUAUUUCUACUCUACAACCUUUAAUAGUUAAUAGAAAAAUAAGUCAGUACAGAAUGUUUAGAACGUAGGUUCUCAGGGAUGUAUAGAUUUUUAUUUUAAUGGAACCUGAAUGGAUCUUAGUUUUAUGCCUUAUACAGACACACACAAUGUUUGCUUUCUCUCCCCUCCCCAGAAUAGUCUCCUACCUACAACCAGCUCACUGCCCUGAGUUUAUAACGGUCUUCAAUGUGUAUUUUAGAGAAUUGGACCCCGUGAGAUAAAUUUGAUAUUAUGUCUGUCACUCAUGAGUAAUAGGUCUUAUUUCCAAAGUAUUCUCAGUGUCAUCAUCAUGGCCUGAAAGAAGAAAUAUAAUGCUCUCGGUACCAGAUGGUAGUAGGUAAGCACUAGGGGAAAAUAAGCUUAGGGAGAACUGGCCAAGAUCUCACUGGAAAAACUUGGAUUGUGCAUGUAUUGAGUUUAUGCACAAGUGUGAAGGGCCAGGCUGUCAGAAAGUCAGCCCCUGCUCAUGUCUUUGACCACUGACUGCUUUCAGUCCUCAGGAAACUCUAGUACUCCGUGAAACAACCUGUUAUUAUAUAGUUAGUAAGUGUCAGAGUUGAGAAACCAGGACUUGUGAUUUUAUCAAGUAUAUCUUAUUUUCACACAAUAUGUAUAUAUAUAUAUAAAUAUAUAUUUGUAUUUGCAUAUAUGUAAAUAAUAUUUUAUAUAAGGAAUUUUCAUACUUCAUAGGAUCAUAGAAGAGGACUUUAAAGUUCAUUGAGUUAAUCAAUCCCCUUGAGACUAUGUCAAAGGACUUACCCCCUACUCACAUAGACAUGGAGCUGUUCAGACAUCAGAGGAUCUGAAAUCAAAUAUUACUUCUGAUAUAACUUCUCAGAUUUUGAGUAAAUCAUGUGAUCUGCUAAGUUGCUCAGUUUCUUCAGCUAUAGAAUAAGUAGUUGGAAGACAAAGGAGUAGAGAGGGCUGGAUAGGCCCCAUCUUUUUAAACUGUGGGUUGCAACCUCAUUAGGGGUCUCAUAAUUGAAUGUGGGGAUUGCAAGAUUGAUUUUUUUUAUCAGUAAGUGUUUGAUUUGCAUAUCUAUUUUUAUAUACCUAUAUACUCAGGCUCAUAUAAAAAUUUCUUGGAUGCAAAAGAGUCACAAAGGAAAGCCUUGGGAUAGAUGCCCUCCCAAAGGCCCUCUUAAUUCUAGGUUUAUGAUCUUAAGUGAAUAGAGGGUGGAUCUGAACCUUGGUCCUACUGACUUUAAGUCCAAUCAGUGUCCUUUUUAUAUUGUGCUACCUCUUGAUGUUAAACAUUUAAGCUCAAUUGAGUAAAUAUGAAGCAUAAGUUUGUAUCUUAUUCAAUUCUCUUUUUAAAACGACAAUGAUUUAGUUACGAGUUCUCUCUCCAAAAAAUUCUUGGGUGCAGAGUUCCAUCUAUAUGCACAUAGAGUACCCAUUUGGACAAGUCUUGUCAUCUGCCCUUCUAAGACACACUGUAUUGUGAUGGACAGGAUCCUGGAGUCAGGAAGUCCUUAGUUCCCAUCCCAUCCUUACCAUCUGUAUGACCACAGGUGAGUCAUGACUACUCUGAGUCCUAAAUUUUCAUAUCUUUAAAAUGGAGAUAAUAAAAGGCAAUGUAUGCAAAGUACUUUGCAAACCGUAAAGCACCAUAUAAAUGUCAGUUAUCAUUAGCAUCAUCUCAGAAUAAUACAUUUGGUUUCUAUCUCACCUUUCCCCUGAAAAGUUGAAAGCAUUUUACAGAGGCGAUAAAUAAAACAUUAAUCUCUAUGUCUAUGGUCUUUGAAAAGAGAGUGGACAGAAUGGAAUAAAGCAGUAGGAUCAGCUAUUAAUGCUGAUUAGACUCUGUACCGAAGCAAUAGUGAUGAACAUUCUCAUGGGAAAAAGUCUUAUUAUCUCUGGAUACUGAUAAGAAGAAAGGACUGUUUCAGAGGGAGUGGCUCUGGUAAUUACUAGCAGAAUCAGUGUAAAACUAGUGAGCCCAGUGAUUUUAUUAUUGUUGUUGUUAGGCAGCUAAGUAGCCCAUUGGAUAGAGUGUCUCAGACACAUAAUAGCAGUGUGACUCUGGGCAAGUCACUUAACCCUGCUUUCCUCAGUUUCCUCAUCUGUCAAACAAGGUGGAGAAGGAAAUGCCAAAUCACUCCUAUAUCUUUGCCAAAAAACCUCAAAUGGGGUUAUGAAAAGUCAUAGAUGACUAAAGUAACUGAACAAGAAAAAUUAUUGUUAGCAAUAAAUAAUAGCUAGCAUUUGUAGAGUACUUUAAAGUUUGCAAAGCACUUUAUAGACAUCAUCCCAUUUGAUUCUUAAAAGAGUCCUGCAGGGUAAGGACCAUUUUUAUCUUCUUUUUAUCAAUGAGGAAAGAGUGUGUAAGAUUAAAUGAGUUAUGCAAUAAUACGUGAGAGAAGAUACAUCUGACUGCUUCACUAUAUUUAAAAAAAUUAUUGCAAGGAAUUCUAAAAUCAUCUUAGUCUUUAAUGAUCAUGAAUAGGCAGUUUUAGAAGAAGAAAUCUAAGCUAUCCAGAGCCACAUGAAAAAUGCUCUAAAUCACUAAUAAUUAAAGAAAGGCAAAUUGAAACGAUUCUAAGGUACCACCUCCUGCUCAUUAGAUUAGUUAAACUGACAAAUAAGGAAAAUGACAAAUGUUGGAGGAGCUGUUGGAAAAACAAGAAUAUUAAUGCACUAUUGGCAGAGGUAUGAAUUGUUCCAGGCAUUUGGGAAAGCAACUUAGAACUAUUACUACUAAUUAUAUAAAGUUUAACAUUUAUAUUAUAUCUAUUGUAUUGUUGCAUUUGAUUUUCACAAAAAGCCUGAGAGGAGUUAUUACUCCCAUUUUAUAGAAUAGGAAACUGAAACAAAAAGGAGAUUCAGUGACACAGGCAGUUUUAGGGUCACACAGGUAGUAAAUGGGGCCAGGUUUAAAUUCCUGUCUUCCUGACUCCAGGCCCAGAACUCUAGCUGAUGAACCACCUAAUUUCUUAUAAUCCAAAAGCUAUCAAACUGUAUAUAGGCUUUGACUUUAUGACAUUGCUACGGGGCCUAUACCCCAAAGAGAUCAAAGAAAAAUGAGAAGAGCCUAUAUGUAGAAAAAUAUUUAUAGCAGCAUUUUUGUGGUAUCAGAGAACUAAAAAUUAAAGAGAGCCAUGGUUGGGGAACGACUAACGAAAUUAUUAUAUAUGGAUAUUAUGGGAUAUUACCAUGUCAUCAGAAAUGAUGAGUAGAAUGGUUUCAGAAAAACUGUAAAAACUUAUGUGAACUGAGCAGAACCAGAUUACUGUACAUAGUAACAACAGUAUUGUAAUGAUGAUCAUUUGCCAAAGACUUAGCCACUCUGACCAAUACAGUGAUCCAAAACUAUUUCAAAGGAUCCAUGAUAAAAAAAAAAAAAAAAAAAAAAAAAGGGUUCUUCACCUCAAGAGAGAAAACUGAUAAACUCUGGGUAACAUACUUUUUUACUUUUCCUUUUUCCUUUUUUUUAAAAAUAAAAAUAUGGCUAAAAUCACCAUAUCUCACAUGACCUUUUGUAUAUAAUUAAUCUCAAAUAUCACUUGUUUUCUCAGUGUAGUGGAAGAACUGGAGGAAGGGAAAGAUUUUGAACUCAAAAUGUAAAAAAAAUGUUAAAAAUAAAUAUAUUUUUUAAAAAAAAGAAAUGAAGUGAAUGAUUUAAGAGAAACCUCGGGAAACUUAUAUGGAACAAAUACAAAGUGAAGUGAACAAUUUAUACUGUAACAAUGGUAUUUUUUAAAGAUAAGUAACUUUAAAAGACUUUAGAACUCUUCUGAAAAAAUUACCAAAAGCAAAAUUCCAAAGCACUCAGUUUAAACAUGCUCUCCAUUCCAGAUAUAGAAGAUGAUGGAUUUAGACAGCAGACUCAAGCAUUUUUGAACAUAGCUAAUGAGAUAAUUAAUUUUGCUUGAUCAUCCUUUUUGUUUGUUUGUUUUUCUUACUUUUUCACUGAGUGGGGGAAUGGGAUGAGAAGGGAAUUUGAAAAUGAAAAUAAAAUUGAAUUUAUAAAAGGAAGAAAGAGAAAGUUAUCAACAGAAAAAUUCUAUUAAAGAGGGUGAAAGGAAGGAUAGCAACAAGCAUUUGCUCAGUACCAACUACGUGCCGGGUGCUGUAUUAAAAUACUCCAAUAAAAUUGUCUCAUUUGAUCCUUAUAACAACCCUGGGAGGAAGCUGCUAUUAUUUUCUCAUUUUACAGAUAAGAAAACUUAGGCAAAUAGCUGUUAAAUGACUUGCCCAGGAGUACACAGCUAUUAACAGAUCACAUUGAACUCUGGCUUUCCUGAAUCCGGAUCUGGCACUCUAUCCAUUGCAUCACCUGGCUUCCCCUUUCUUUAAAUUAACAAUUUUCAUAGAAUCUAAUCUGGGAGGGACCUUAAAAAUCUUUCUAUCCAGCCCUCCCAUUUUGCAGAUGACAAAACAGAUCAAGAAACAUGAAAUUACUUGCACAAAGUCACACAAGUAUUCACUAAUAGCAGUGGAUUAAAAACCAGGCUUUUCUAACACUGGAUCCAGAGUUCAGUCCAGGUAUAUGAAACAUGUUUUGAGUUCUCUGGUGAGGUGAUGUCAGUAUCUACUUGUUAACCCUAUCUUCAAUUCUUACAAAGAUCUGAGAUUUUAGAAACUUCCACAAAUAUUGAUCAUCCUGCAAAAUUGAGAUAAUACUCUCAUAGAUCCUACCUGAGUUAUUUUGACUCUCAAAUGAACUAAUGUAUCAAUAAUACUUUAUAACUCUCAAAACCCUAAAGAAAUAUGUUUCCUUUUAAAAAUGCAAUUGGAGAGAAUGGGAAGUUUUACUUUACUUACUUUACUUAAUGUAAUAUAUUGAGGAUAUGUAAAACUAUUAGAAUCCUUGGAAGAAGAGCUUAAGAGAGUUAUAAUAAAUUUGAAAUAGUUAAGAGAACCUGGCAAUCAGAUCAUUGCCAUCGUUUCAGAAACCCAAACUACACAGAAUAGCAGAGCCAUGGCUCAGUUAAUGAACUUUUAACAACAAAAAAAAUGAAGUCUUUAUUUGCCCACAAACUUAUGAUGAGUCAGACAUUGGAUCUGGCAGCUAAGCAGGUUAAUGUGCUUUAAAACUAUGUUAAUAGCCAGGAGGGAGGUGAAUAAUAGUUCUAUUAUUCUGAAGUGCUCAGACUACAUUGAGAGUGUUGUGCAUAUUCCUGGGCAUAGUGUUUCAGGAGAUACGUUAACAAAAUAGGAUAUGUCUAAGGUGGAGGUGUUUUGAUGAUGAGUAUAUGAGAGAAGAUUCAAUAGAGAGAUUGAUUGAAUUAAUCCAUCAAUGACUCAAUAAGCACUAUAUGUAAGGCUCUGAAGAGAAUGGGAGUUUGUCUAGAAAAGAGCACAUUGGGAUGAGCAGGGCAGGGUCACCAUAGCUGAAUUUGAAUAUACAAAAUUCUACCCCAAGGAUGAGGAUUUGGCUUGUUGUGCCAGAUGCCACUUACAUGGUGACAGAUUUGGGCUCAAUAUAAAGAACAAUUUUCACACAAUUAGAAAAAUCUUAAAAUAAAAUAUACUGAUUCAUUAGCUAGCAUGGUAGGGCUGUUCCACCCAUUUGCACUUGCUUUUACAGUCUGGGCAAAUUAUACUCUCACUUUCCUCCAGGUUCUAGGAAUAACCCUGAGGGACUGAGUUUCUCCUACUGUCACUCUUAAGCCCCUAUUAGGAUGCUUACUAUUAAUAGUAAGCAAAAGUAUUUUAGGAAAGGUAUUGACUAAGAUGUUAUGGCAAGAAGAGUUGGAACCAAAACAUUUCCUCCUCUCCAAAACAAGGGUAUACUCUCACCUUGUGUAAAGUUCUUUAGGGGACUGGGUUCAUAUUUGAAGUGCAAUGGUAAUGAAGUAUAUAGUUUAAGAUGUGGCAAAAAGGUACCUCUCACCUCUGAUAGAUGAGACUUUUAUCUGGGCUGCUUUCUUGAGGGGUAUGACAUCUUUGCUAUAUGGAUCAGUUUGCUGCUGAGCUGACCAUUUAGCCAGUGUCCUGUAAUCUGCAAUGUGCUAUGUAGACACAUUUACUUCAGAGUAUUUGUUAAUAAAUGUUCAGAGAAAAACAGGUACAGAGGUAUGUGGUCACAGCCUUCAGUCUGGUGAGAGAUAGCCACUUCUCUCUUUCUGUGCCCUAGGUCAUUAAUCCUGGGAUUUGUCCCCUUCCAGACAGGGGAGGAGACAGAGGCAGGGGGUAGUUUAUCCUUUUCUCUGGAAUACUCCCUUUCUUCCACUUACACAACAAGAUGGCACAAUGGAUGAAGCCAUGGACUUUAGAAACAGGAAGACCUAAAAUUAAAUCAGAGGCUUACUAAUUGUGUGAGCUUGGACAAAUCAUUAAAGGAUACUUAGUCUCAGUUUCCUCAUCUUUAAAAUGAGAGCUUUGGACUUAGUGGUUGCUAAGGUCCUUUCCAUAUAUAACUCAUGGAUGCUGUUUACCUUCAUUCAUUAUGGCUGGAUGUAUUGCCUCCUACUGGUUACAAUGGAAGUGGGAGGAAGGAAAGAGUGAAAAGGGGGAAAGAGGGAAGAAGACAGAGAGGGAGAAAAGAAAGAAGAGGAGGAAAAAGAGAAAGAAGAAAAAAGGAGAAAAGAAGGAGGAGGAGGAGGAGAAGCAGAGGAAAAGGAAGAGGAAGAAGAAAGGAGAGAGAGGGAAGAAACUUUCCCCUCAACUUCUCUCUAGUAAUAAAAUGAUUCCUAAAGCUGGAAUUUUUCAGUGCUAAAAUCAUUUACAAGUUAGCUUACUGAUAUCUAUCUAAUCUAUCUUUUUUUCUAGCUCUCUCCAAAUACACAAAAGGGAUCAUGCACAAACACACAUACAUGUUUGUGCGUGUGCACAUUUUUAUAGAAAGCCCAAAAGGCUUGUUCUUCUCAACUAGUCAUGAGAUACUUCCUACACAUAAGAUUUUGCAAGUGUGAAUGUUGAAAAUUAUUUAUUCAUAUGUUUUGAAAAUAAAAAGCUUUUUUAAAAAAGA